AUGCAUUUCUCGAAGAGCUUACCGGCCAUCGUGCCCCUCAGCCUUGCUUCGGCUCUCCCUCAGGCCAGCCCUACUGGUAGCAGCGCUGCAGCUGUAAGCAAAACGACAUGCAAUGGCAAGACCUAUGUGUAUCGGGAACUCGCGGGCUACGGCUUUGUUCCAUCCAAUGCGACUGACAAGUUUGGGGACACCAUCGGAGGACACGGUUCGGCGAUAGCCAUCGACGGCGCCUCUUGGCUGAAGAUUGGAAAUAGCUACACUGGACUACUCUAUACUCUGCCUGACAGAGGCUGGAACACCGAAGGAGCACUCAAUUUCCAGAACCGGAUUCACAAAUUCCAGCUCACAUUUACACCAAAUGAGAAUGCCACAGCGGCGAAUCCUUCACCGCCCAACCUCCAACUCAAAUACUUGGACACGAUCUUGUUGACAGAUCCACGCAUUCAGCCAACUUCUGGCCUUGAUGGAGCCAUUACAGGACCUUAUUUGAAUUAUCCAUUGAUCGGAGAGGUACCAUCUGCGAACUACACUGGUGAUGGUUUUGGCGGUGCAGGGACUGGCGGCAACAGAGCCGUGAUCGACUCAGAAGGUCUCGUGCUUGGUCCAGGAGGAACGUACUUCGUGUCUGACGAGUAUGGGGACUACAUAUACCAGUUUCUCCCCACCGGCCAAAUGAUUCGUGCCAUUCGCCCUCCGCCAGCAUUUAUCCCUAUUCGCAAUGGCAACGAGUCAUUCAGUGCGAACAGCCCACCAAGAUACAACCCAGCGCUUGCUCCUACUCCCGGCAACCCAACGUCUGGAAGGUCUAACAACCAAGGUCUUGAGGGCUUGACGGUUAAUCCAGCUGGGACCAGACUCUAUGCUCUGACCCAAUCCGCAUUAAUUCAGGAUGGCGGUACCUCGAAUCCUACAUCUCGCUAUGCUCGCCUGCUCUCGUACGAUAUCACCGGGCUAUCUACACGUCUUGUUGGAGAAUACGUGGUUCCAUUGAAUCGCGUCACGAGCUCGGCCACCAGCAACAUUGCGAGGCAAUCAGAGAUCCACUAUAUCUCUGACACUCAAUUCCUCGUCCUUGCUCGUGACAGCGGCCGUGGACGUGGACAAGGUCCAUCGAACACACAGAGCCGAUACCGCGACGUUGAUGUGUUCGACAUCAGCGCAGCAACCAACAUUGCCGGCAAGUCUGAUUGCCAGACCUGCUCCGUUGCUCCUGGAGGUGUUCUGAACCCAAACACCACUGCCGCGACCUACUGCAAGUGGCUGGACUUCAACAACAAUGCUCAGCUGAACCGAUACGGUGUUCACAAUGGCGGGGCUGAAGACGCUGGACUCUUGAACGAGAAGUGGGAGUCAAUGGCUCUCGUGCCUGUCAACAAGGGUGCCAAUGGCAAGGCUGUGAAUGAUGAGUAUUACUUGCUCUCGCUCUCCGACAACGACUUCAUCACCCAGGAUGGCCAUCUUAAGAUGGGCCAGUUCAAUUAUGCUGACUCUAGCGGAUACAAUCUUGACAACCAGGCUUUGCUUUUCAAAGUUCAGCUGCCGAGCGCAUCCAGUCCACUUGUCGGUUGA